UUAUGUGCGACAACCAGAUGUUCGGUUAUUGUUUCACAGUGAAAGUGCUGAGAUUAUUGUGAAUAGAGAAAGGGCGUUUCGAAACCUAUGCUGUCAUGUGAGCGGAAACGAAACGGAGAAUUUAUCUUCUUUUAAGAAUUAAAAACAUGGAAGUACAAGUCAGCCAGCAGUGGAGCCUGUAAUUUUAUCGAGGUGGUUAUCCGUCGUUGCAGUACAGGACAUUGCUCCUCUGGCGUGUUCGAUCUCAGUUUUUAUUCUGUAACAAUAGUUUGAGAAGCCACGAUGAUCAAGAAAUUUUACUUUAUUUACCUGAUUGGGAUCCUUUCUAUAGCCGUCCUAAUUACGGGCAUCGCCUUGGUUUUGGCACAAGUGUUUCAAAACGCCUUGAACUCCCGAAUAAAACGGGAAAUAGUUCUGAGGAACGGCACAGAUGCCUUUGAGGCCUGGCAGAACCCUCCCCCUCCAGUGUACAUGCAGUUCUACUUCUUCAACCUGACCAACCCCGCGGAGGUGCUCCAGGGAGAGAGCCCAGCCGUGGAGCAGAUCGGACCUUACACGUACAGGGAAUUCCGGCCGAUGGAGAAUGUGCAUUUUUUGGAGAACAGUACCAAAAUAUCUGCUCUGAAUCCGAAAACCUAUGUGUUUGUGCCCGAGAUGUCCGAAGGACACCGAGAGGACGAUCCUAUCAGGACUGCCAAUAUUCCUGCUUUGACAGUGAUGGAAAAAUUUAAAACAUCUUCUUUGAUCAGUAACAUCAUCUCAUCUUACAUGAAGUCCAAAAAUAUUGGCCUUUUCACAACCCGCACGGUUCAUGAGCUGCUGUGGGGGUAUAUCGAUGAUUUGCUGUCCGUCAUUCAUAAACUCCGUCCAGAAGUGGAGGAAUCCUUUGGGCUUUUUUAUAAGAAAAACGCCACUGCUGAUGGUGAAUAUGUGAUCCUAUCCGGAGAAGAGAACUAUAAGGACUUUGCCCGAAUCGUGGAAUGGAAUGGUCAGAGCUCUCUGCAGUGGUGGAGCACCGAAACCUGUAACGCGAUCAACGGGACUAACGCAGCCUCCUUCCACCCUCUCAUAACCAAGAAUGAAACACUCCAGAUCUUUGCUUCUGACAUCUGCAGAUCCCUGUAUGUUACAUUUGAAAAGGAAGUCUAUAUCAAAGAUCUACCUGCCUUGCGCUUUGUGGUGCCUAAAGAGGUUUUUGCUAAUUCCACGGAGAAUGAGGGGUUUUGCGUUCCACCUGGGAACUGUCUUCCUGCGGGGCUUUUAAAUGUCAGCGUCUGCAAACAAGAUGCACCCAUCAUUGUGUCCUCUCCACAUUUCUACCAGGCGGAAGAGCAAUUUGUUCAUGACAUCCAUGGGAUGAAGCCCAAUAAAGAGGAGCAUGAAACCUUCAUGGAUAUAAAUCCACUCACGGGCAUUCUGUUGAGGGCAGCAAAGCGAAUCCAGGUGAACGUCUUCGUUGAGAAAAUUGAUGUUUUCAGUCAGACAGGCAAUGUAAAAACUGUGGUGUUACCUGUGAUGUACCUUAAUGAGAGCGUGCUGAUAGAUGAUGGCUCGGCAGGCAAAGUGGGGAGUGUGCUGCAGCAAGCCAGCGUGGUCAUUAACAUCCCCUUCAUCAUCAUCGCCCUGGGGAUUCUCCUGGGCAUCGUCUUCCUGGUACUCUUAUGCAAGUGCCGUGUCUCAGAGUCCUCUGCGGCAGAACGGCAGCCUCUUUUGCAGCCAUCUUAAGUCGGAUGUCCGAAGAGAACAGUCGGAUGACAAUGGAAAGGACGUCUGAAUUCUCUUCCUCGUCACGAUCCCCCAGAAUCACAUUCUUUUUACUGCUCUUAGAACUGCUUAUAUUUAUUGCAUGUUGACCGGAUCUUUGGCAGGGGGUCUGCAGAGUGGAAUCUCCGAUUUGAACAGCUGUUGAUCUUGUCCGAAACGUUUGUAGAGUUUUACAGAAUGUCGUGUGGAGGCAGCAGCUGAGUAACUCCGCUAGGUUUGUGUGCUUAGUAAAUCGUUUCCUCUGAUACUACUGUGCCGGUUUUAAACUCAGGGCUGCCAGUCUUUGGACUGCCCAGUAACAUACUGUACAUUUGCGAUAUUUUACCUAAACCUCCUAAGCCAAUUCAGGCAGUAUUAGGCUGUAUUAACCAUAACUCUUCCAGUGACCACGCUAAUGCAUGAAACCACUCCAUUCUGACAAUGCGAUUCCUACUGUUAAAAAGCAUAGCCCAUGCCCCUGUUGCUCGUACUGUGUAUCUCCUUGUUUUUGAUGACCGUAUUUAUUGAGCUGCCAGCCAUGCCACCUUAAGAGCACAGUGAAGCAGCCCAUAAUUUUACACUUGUCACUCUCUGGUGAUCUCAGUUCAGGCUCAUUGAUAAAGGUUGAGCUGUGACAUGAAAAGUCUCCGUCAGCCAAUGAACGCAGUAAACACAAAACCAAGAGUGAGGUGUUUUGUUUUUGUUUUUUUUACUUUUCGGAGUUUCAGAGUAGAUGGAAAGAUUGGGAACAAUGAUGAAGGACCACCGAGCGUGUGUAUUUGCUUUUAUUUCAGAACGCCUUAGAAAGGUCCAGAUGAAUUUCAUGCACAUGUGUCAUUACUGAACUUAUUCAAUGACCGUAACCCAAAGAUAGAGAAAAAUACUUUUAGUGUUCUUAAUGUAUUAAAAAGCGCUGUAUGUGUUUGCACUAUAAUAAUAUUAUAAUAUGAACUGAUAUGACAGCAGUGGAGAUGUUGGUCGCUUUUUAUUUAAACUGCUCAAGAGAUCCAGUACACUGCAGGGCUGAUGGGUCAGUGAAUCAAAGGAUUAUAGCUUAUGUAAAAAGAAAUGGGUGUGAUUUUAGAGCACGGUAUGUGCACCUCAGAAUUUUCAUUGAGGACGUAACGAGAGUCACAUUAGGACCUAAAGAUUAAGCUGAAGUGCCUUUUUGUUUGCUGAAGUUGGAGUAAGACAGCUACUUGUAUAAAAACACUUCACUUUAACAUAUAGUAAAUGUCUGUUUGCCCCAAAUAAAAAGCUAUCACCUGUAUCCUGUUUGCAUGUGUGUAUGUUAUAAUCUGUUAUAGGUGUGCAAUUUAAAUACAGCAUCUUCGUUUU